UGAAAUCAAAACAAGUUAAAUUUCAAUCCGAAAGGAACUACACUUAGCCCAAAUUCAAAAGUAAUAUACAUUUCUGUGGCAAAAACUUCUAGUGUUUUAGGAUGCCGAAACACACUCCGUACACAUGGCGCCAGCCGGAUUUUCCCGGUGACGAAAGCGAUCUGUUCUGGAAGGAUCCCACACUGCUGGUCAUCUGCCAGAAUGCCGAUGUGAAUACGGCGAUACAGCCGCUACUGCGAACCCUGAAGCAACCCUUCGCUCCUGGCCUGGUGGUCAGUGUGUUUGUCCACGAGACGAUGAGGAAUUCGUUUUGUGAUCAAGUGCGCAGCUCCAUGGAACCGAUGUACCACCAGUCGGCCACCCACGCCAGCCAUUUGAGGGCAGUGAAAAUGAUUGAUUGCCUCAAGGCGGAAGUGGUCUGCAUGCUGACGCCGGACGACAUUCAUUUCCGAUUCAAAAUGUCCAAUGCCUCGCCGAUUAUGGUAUGCGAAUUCGAUCACAGUUUCUUUGGAGGAUCGCGACCCAGUUCGGUGGUGACUUUGCACACUUUCCGCACUGCCGCCGAAUUACCCCGCCUUUUGGCCACCGAACGUGUGCCAUUUGUAAGUGCCGCCAUUUGGGGCAGCCAAAUGGCCAACGUUUAUGAGGCGGCUUUGCAUCUGGAUAUCUCAGUAGUGUAUAUCAACUGCCAGGGCAUAACCCUGGCUCCCAUCAGGAGCUUUCUCGAGGCCGGCAAGCCGCACGUGGUGAUGGCCGAGUACCACCACUUCGAGGUGAUUCUCCACGGCGGCAAGCAUCGGGCUAUCGUGUAUCCGGCUGAGGUUCUCUGGCAGCCACCAAUCCGGUCAUCCGCGGGAUCGCAGGAGAUGUCCGAUGCGCAGGUACAGCAGAGCGGCAAAGUUGCCAAAGGCGGAGGGGAAUCCUCCCCAAAGCUCGGACUGGAUCAUAGUGACUUGCUCGCUGUGGACACAAACUAACAGUACGCAGUCUAUUCAUUUCGAUCCUAGAAUAGGUUUAAAUAUAGUUUUUUUACACAA